AUGUUUGAAAAACAAUAAAUUUAAUCAUAAAAUUAACUUUAAAUAUAAACCUUGACAAAAUCAAUAAAAUCAUAAAUAUCUCGAAGUAUUAUAUAAUCAGAUUAAGAAAUUGCUUUUAAAAAAACAAAAGAAAUUUAAAAUGUAUUACCAAUAAAAUAUGGAGAUACAAUAUCCAUAAGUCCGGCUACUUUAGAAAAUAAAUUUAUGAUGUCAGAUGGAUUUAUUUAGACAAAAAUUUAAAUUAAAAAUUUAAAUUUCGAUGGAAACGGAGCUUAAACUGAAAGAUGCUUGUUUAGGAUUUAUCCAUAAUUCAAUUUUAGUUAUCUUAAUAAUUUAAAUAAUAAAUAGUAAAUAUCUUUUAAAAAAGAUAAAUAAAUUUCAAAUUAAUGUUUAAAUUUGGAAAGAGAAGUUAUUAUAGAAUAUAAAUAAAACCUAGAUCUGUAUGAAAAAAUUAAAGGAACUGAAGUUUAAUUCAAUACAAGUAUUUAAUUAAUGCAUGUUGCUUCAAAUAAAUUCCUUUGUUGCAAUUACUAAGAGUAAUCUAAUAUUGAAAAGGAAAAUUUUUGUUUAGAUUUAUAGUAGUUUUCUAAUUUAAAUACUCUUUUUCAGUUUAAAUAAUGUUAUGAACAUUAAAAAAGAGCUGAUAAUAUAAUUUAUUAUAGAGAUAUUUUUUAUUUAAUUUGUUAGAAUAAAUAUUUAUAAAGAAUUCCUUUCGUACAUUACUCUGAAGAACGUAAAUAAAAUAACGAAACAUAAUUGAUAAAAGCUGAUGAUUAGAUUAUAAUGAAAAUAUAAUUGGAUCAUAUAAAAGAAAAGAAAAUAUAAGUGAAUACAAAAGGUUAAUAUUUAGCUGUUCCUCAAGAAUCUUAAAUUCAUAUAUAAAAUUAAAAUAGAGAAAAUAACGAUUAAAUGUAAACUUAAAAUAUAUCUUAUAAAUAAUUAAUUAGCCGAAAAUCCGAAAACAUUGAGAAGUUCAAAAAUUCUCAAAAACGCAUUAGCUAUGAGGAUAAAAACUAAUAAAUUUAAGAAGCUAAUGUCUCUUUGGAAGCAAAAACUUAAUGGAAGGCUAUAAAAUACAGCGAUAAUAUCUAAAACGAAGAUUUACUUUAAUUUGGAGAUAAAAUUUGGCUAAAUUAUAUUGAAAAAGGACAAAAUUUGGUAACUAAAAGGACUCAAAAAGGUCAAAUUAUACUUCAAAUGGAGAAUUUCGAAUAAUCAGAUCAACAAAGUAUAAAUUAUUCCAAAAAAUAUGAAGGAAAUACUAAUGGAAUGUGGGUGAUUGAAAAUAAAGUUUGGCAUAAAGGAGGCCCUGUAUAAUGGGGUUAGUAUUUUUAUUUAAGAAAUUUCAGUACAGGAUUAUAUUUAUCAGUUUUAUUUGAGAAAUCUUAAAAUUUUUUUUAAUAUAUUCUUAAAACCAAUUCAUUUCCUGAUGAAAGUUCGCUUUUUUCCUUUUUGUAAGUGGAUUUUACUGGGUAGCCAUUUGUAACAAAAUAUUCACUUUUAUUUAUAAAAAAUAGAUUAUUCGAUGGAAUAAUUUAAAUAGGAAAAGAGGAUAGUACUUAGCUUAAAGUUACUGAUUUUUAGGCUGAUUAAGAUAAUGAAUAAAUAUUUUUCUAAGGAAACUUAUAAAUAAAUAUUUACAAAGGAAAAAAUCUCAAUGAAAAUGCGUUCAAAAUUUAUAAAGCAACAAUAUAAGAAGUAGAAGAGGCUAACUUUUUGAAUAGCUGUUUACCUAUUCUUAAUUAAUGCAUUAAAAUUUUAAAAAGCAUAAACGGAGAUAAAGUGAAAGCCUAAAAAGCAAUAAAACACAAAAAUUUAAUCGAAAAUAUUAAUAUGGCAAAACAAUGUAUUAUUGACAUAAGCAAAUUUUGCCAGAAUAAGCUUAUUGUUGGGCUUGAUAAUUACUCUUCAAGUGGAAGUCAUAUUAAUACUUAUAGGCAGAAAGUACUAGCAGAGUAGUAUUUUAUUGAUUUAGUAGUUGAUUUAGUAGUUUAACUGAUGAACGAUUAGGAAUUGCAGGAAUAUGUAAAUUUUUUGAAGAUUGAGAGAACGAAUAAAUUUAUUUAAAAAUUGAAAAAUUAUAUGAAAUUAUAAAAAAUUAAUAUUGAAAAAUUUGAUAAUUAGUUGCAGUUAAAAAAUAAGUGUUUAUAUAAAAAUUCAUAAGAAAACUAAUAGCUUUUUUAGUUUAUGAAAGUUAAAGUUGAAGUUAUUAAACUUUCUUAUAAUUUAUUGACUUUUAUAUGCUAGAAUAAUGUUGAAAAUUAAAAAAAUGUUUUUUAUUAAAAAAUAACUCAUUUUAAAUUCUAAGCUAGAUAUCUGAAAGAAUCUAUUCAUUGUAUUGUUGAUAUAAUUAGCAAUAAUGAAAUUAUUUUGAGUAAUUUAACAGAUAAUAUUAAUAUUUUGAAUAAAAAUAGAAAGUCUUUAUCGAAAAAUUUCCCUUUAAAAAAAUAGUUUUCUAAAGAAAUUUAGAUAUAAUAUAAUAAUAAAGAUAAUGUUGUUGUAUAUUUAUUGAACUUAUUUUAAUAUUAGAAAAAAUUUAUUCAUUUAUUGAAAUUCUUUAGGUAGAUUUGUAAGUUCGAUAAUAAAGGGAUUUCUAUAAAUUAGGAACUUAUAUAUAAAUUUUUAUAAAGUUAGGAAAAUUUGGAAAAUAAAAUGUUUUUAUUAAUCAAAAUAAAUUCUUAAAAUUAACUAGAAGUAUAAAUUGAUAAAAAUUUAUAUAUAAUAAACGAAGAAAUAUGUGGUAAAAAUAUUAAAAUCAAUAGCGAAAUAUAAUAUUUGAUAGAACAGAUAAACUUCUAUGCAGAUUUGUCUUUAUCCCGUAAUUAUUUAUGGAAUAAAUAUUUGGAAAAAAAAUUCCCUAUUUAAUUUAUUCUAUAGACUAUAUUUAAUGAAAAUCUUCACUCUGAUUUCAGAUCCGCAUUUUGUAACUUAUUGCUUACAGUAUAUAUAGACCGUGAGCCUUUAAAUAUAUUAAUAGUACCUUAAAUGUGUAGAACUUUUAACUAAAAAGCAAAUAUAUUAUCUCCAAAUAGUCAUAAAGAAUAUGCUGAUAUAUACAAUAAUUUUUCUUUCGUUUAACAUCGCUUAUAUUUUGAACAAUUAAUUAGUUAUUCUGAUGAAUAUAUAAAAAAAUAAAAAAUAAUUAUUAACAAUGACAAAUGUGAUAAACUUACUUUUAAUAUUGUAAAAAUACUAAGCACAUUGCUAAGGUUUAAUGUUUUAUAAUUAUUGGAUAAGAAAUCUUUAUAUCCUAUUAUUUUUUCUUCUCUUAUAGGCUUAUUAGAGACAGAUUAAUAAAAUAACGAUAUUAUAAAUCAUGUCUAAAAAAUAAGAAAUAUAAAAUACACUAAAUAACUUUUUUAAUAAAAUCAGAAUAAAAUAAUUGCAGGAAUUUGCUGUGUAACUAAAAAAGUUAAGCAAUUAACGGCUGAGAUGUUAGAUGUUACAUAAAAUUUAACUUAAAAAACACUCAAAAUUAUGGGAAAUUUAAUUGGUAUAACUUAUCGGAAGAAGAAAAUUCUGAAUGAGGAACUUUCUUAAUAUGAUGAAUAAGUUUUGAGUUAAAAUCCAUUGUUAGGAGGUCUUUUGUAGCUUUUGUAAAUUAUAAAAGAAGGAGAAAAUCAUGAAUUAAAAUAGGCUAAUGUCCAAGUAGAAAUAAAAUAAGAGAUUUGCAAUUUGGUUCUCUUCUUCCAUGAUAUGAGAAUCGAUUAUUUAUUAACUAAUUUUAUAGAAUGGUUUGGAUAAAUAUCCAAUUUAACUGCUUAGUAAAUGGAAAAAGAACUGAAAGGAAAUUCUAUUUAAAGUACUAUUCCAAAUAUUUCAAAAACAGGAAUCGAUGAAAUCGAUAUCUAAUAUAAACCUAAGUAAUUACCGCCAUGGUUUUUGAGGCCUUUUGUACAUAUAUCACCUAAAAAUAAAAAAAAGCAAUUUGUAGAUUAUACUGAUUUUAGUAUCAAUUAAUUUGAUGAUUUAGAUACUUUAAUUACUGGUGUAUAAAUACUUCCUAGUUUACUUAUAACAUUUUAUUUGGCAAGUGAUAGUAAAUUAGAAGAUAAAAUAUUAGAAAUAAUAAUAAGAUAAUUUUCUUAAUGUGAAAUGAUUUUUACUAAACUUCAAGAAAUAGAAAUCUUAUUUUCGGACAAAGAUAUAUUUCUCUACUAAUUAUUAAAAAAUCGUAUCCAAUAGCUCUAAGUAAUGGCUGAAAAAUCAGAAGUUUGGUUCAUGUAAUUUCAAGAAAACAUAAAAUAAACUUAUUAGGGCGAAAUAGUAAAAAAUACAGAGAAUAAUUUAGAAAUUAAUAAAAUUAUUUAAAUUCUGGAUGAAAUAAAUUCUCUUUUUUUUUCAGGAUCUGAAGUAAACGGGGAAAACAAUAAAAUACAAACUUCUUAAUUUUAUGAAUACAUAUAAAAAAAUAUAAAAAAUACGAGCUAUUAUUAAUAAUAGUAAAUAAUGUAAUUUAUUCCUGAAUAAAUAAAUAAGAAUAGAUAAAAAAUAUUUAGGUAUUUAGAAGGACAUAUUCCUAUAAUAAAUUUAAUAAAAGAUGUUCAAAAUUAAAUUUGUUAAUAUUUAAGAGAUUAAAAUUUAUAAAAAGAUUUAAUUUUAUCUUUAUUAGAAAAGCUUUAUUCAAUUCUAAAACAUUUUUGUAUAAAUAAUUCAGAAAACUAGCAAAUUUUGGUCAAAUAUAUCCCUUUUUUUAUUGAUGAAAUAUCCUUUGAUUUUGGCCAGUUUGAACUUAUAAAGGCAAUUUAUGAAAAUAAUAAAUUUCUAUGUGAAAAUUUUUUUAAUGGAACUUUUUUUAAUUAGAUUUUAGUUAUUAUUAAAUAAUAUGGAAGAUAAGCUAGAUUUAUUGAAAUUCUCGGAAUUAUUCAAAAAUACACCAUUAAUAAAUAAACAAUUUCUCUAAUUGAAAAUUAGAUAAAUGUAUAUAAUUUACUAAUCCCUUUAAACUAAAAACAUGACAAGAAAAAUUUAGAAAAUGUACUAUUUGGAUAAUUAGAUUCUAAAAAUUAACUCAGAUUUGAUUUUUCUUUACUAGAAGAAGAUGAGGAUGAUGACUAAAAUACAGUAUUUAAUUAACAAAGUAACACUUCUUAUGAAAAAUAUUAUAUUGAUUAACCUUUCCUUUACCAUUCUGUUUUAUUGAAUAUUUUUUCUUAAUGUGUAAAUGGGGAUGAGGCAUUCAAUAUUAAUUAAUAUAAACUUGUUAAUAUUUUCAGCUUAUAAUAUUUGAUAAGAAUUUUAGUUGAAAAAGACUCUUUUUUACUAAACUAAAGUUUUUUGGGAGAUACUGAGAGUUAUUUUGGAUUUUUUAACAGAGCAAAGGAAAUUAAGGUGAGAAGUAAAUAAUAAGGAUUUAAUUAUUUAAAACCUAAAAUUUUAAGUUUAAUUUUGAAUGUCUUUUUAAACAAAAAUAAUCCUCUUUUAAGUUUGAUUAUGUAAGAACAUAAUUAAAUUAUUGAAUUUAUUGAAAUUGAGAUCAAUAGAUUUAUUACAAUUCCAAACGCUUAACUAUAUUCAGUAAAUGAUUAAUAUCUGGAAUAUUUUAUUGAAAGUUUUGUAUAUUUUUUAAUUUAGUUUAUUAAUAAAGUUAUAAAAAACGGAGGUAAUUAGAAUGAGGAAUUACUCUAAAAGCAAUAUUUUUAAUAUUUAAGUUAAUUGGGGUCUUAUUUAGUGGAUUAAUAAAAUUUGUUGUGUUAAAAAAUAACAAAAUUUCAAUAAAAUAUAAUUUUUGAGUUUCUUUUAUGUUUAAAUAUUGAUAGUAAUACUUUUACUAAUAAUAAAGUUAAUAAUAUGUACGAAAUUUUAAUAAAAGAAGGCAAAAAAAAACUUUCGUUUGAAAAUUAAUAAAAUAUAUAUGAAGAAAUAGGAGAGGAAAUAUUAAAAAAUCAAACAAGCAAUAAAAAGUUUACUUAAAUUGAAUGGAAAAUAUUCAUAAAAAAAUGCUUAGAAAAUCCUCAUGUAAAAAAUUGUUAAGAAAAAGAAAUUACCGCACUUGCAGAAUGUUUACUUGAUGUAGAAAAGCUUUACGAUAGAAAAAUAAUUUUUAAGGAUUUUUUCAAAAAGUUUAUUUGCUAUUUAAAAAACGGAAUCAUUAAUAAAGUUAACUAAAAUAAUAUGAUUUAUCUUCUUAAAAUUCUGGAAAAAAUACUAGAUAUUUCACCAAACUACAAAGGGUUAGGAGAAAUGCAAAACCUCUUUGAUUAAUUAGAGGCCACUAAAAUGUUUUUAGAAUUAAUUUCUGAUAUAAAAGAGAAUCCUUUUGAUGAUAAUCUGUUUAUUUAAUUACUUUCGUUUAUGAUUAAGUUGAUUGAAGGAGGAAACUAGAAAGUUUAGAAUACUAUUUAUAAUUAUUUUAUAAAUCAUUAAAAAAGUGAGGAUUUAUUUAAUAAAUUUUUUACAAUUCUUACAGAUUAAAUUAAUAAUAUCAAUAAAAGCUUUGAAUUAAAAAAUUUUGACUUUAUUUCUAUGGAUUCAGUUAAUAAUGAAUAAGAGGAAUUUCAGAACUUAGUUCUUAAUACUAUGGAAAAAAGUACUAACAUAUAGGAAAUAUAGGAAAAAAAUAAUAAGGAGUAGGAAGAAAAUUAUUCAUAAUCAUCAGUAUUAGUUGUUUAUUUAUUAAGGCUAUUGUAACUUCUGUGUGAAGGACAUAAUCUGUAAUUAUAAAAUUAUUUAAGGUAUUAAGUCAAUAAUAGAAAUUCUUAUGAUAUCAUUACUAUUAUUGUAGAUGUAAAAUUUAUUUUUUUUAAUUUAGGAAAAAAAAAAAAAAAAAAUAUUUAAUCAUAUUAAAAGUUAUUUGAGUAAUUUGUAAAUAAACUAAAUAAAAGAAAUUUUCAAAAUACUAUAAAAUGUAUAGAUACUUUAACUGAGUUUGUAUAAGGUCCUUGUUAUUUAAAUUAAGAAAAAAUUAUUGAUUCUAAAUUUCUAGAAAUUGCUUAGUUUAUUUUAAAUAAAUAAAUCAAAAAGAAGUUUAUUAAAAAAUAAGAUUAAGAUAUUUAAAGAUGGUAAUUAGAAAAACUUAAAUACAAAAUUAUGAUUUUGGUUGCUGGAUGUUUAGAAUUAAAUUCAAAUACUUUAGUUAUUAAAAGAGUUAUGAGGAGCCUUCCUUUAUAAACUUUAAAAAAAAUUUAGCUAAUAUAUACAGAAGAUAUAAAAAAUUAUAUGGGGAUCAAUAUACAAUGA